AUGGCGAGGCUAGCGGCUUCCUCAGGCUUCGCUCCCGUUAUUAUGGCUGUAGCUGCUCCUCCUCUCGUCGGCAGGGGCUGCCUGGGGCUGGUCAAAGGGCCCCCUGAAAUCAAUUUAGUUCUGUACCCCCAGGGUCUGGCUGGUGAAGAAGCAUAUGUAAAAGUGGAUUUGAGGGUUAAAUGCCCACCGACUUACCCAGAUGUAGUCCCUGAAAUAGAGUUAAAAAAUGCCAAAGGUCUGUCCAAUGAGAGUGUUAAUUUAUUAAAAUCUCGCCUGGAUGAAGUGGCCAAGAAGCAUUGUGGAGAGGUGAUGAUAUUUGAACUGGCUUACUACGUGCAGUCAUUUCUCAACGAACAUAACAAGCCCCCACCCAAGUCUUUUCAUGAGGAGAUGCUGGAAAGGCGGGCUCAGGAGGAGCAGCAGAGGCUGUUAGAGGCCAAGCGGAAAGCGGAGCAGGAGCAACGUGAAAUCCUUCAUGAGAUUCAGAGAAGGAAAGAAGAGAUCAAAGAAGAGAAAAAAAGGAAAGAAAUGGCCAAGCAGGAACGUUUGGAAAUUGCUAGUUUUUCAAACCAAGAUCAUAUCUCUAGGAAGGACCCAGGAGGACACAGAACAGCUGCUGUUCCACAUGGAGGCUCUCCUGACUUUGUAGGAAACGGUAAACAUCGGACCAACUCCUCUGGAAGAUCUAGGCGAGAGCGGCAGUAUUCUGUAUGUAAUAGUGAAGAUUCUCCUGGCUCUUGUGAAAUCCUGUAUUUCUCUGUGGGUAAUACUGAUCAGCUCAUGGUGCACAAAGGAAAAUGUAUUGCCUGUGAUGAGCAGCUUGGAAAACUAGUCUACAAUGCUUUGGAAACAGCCACGGGCAGCUUCGUCUUGUUGUAUGAGUGGGUCCUUCAGUGGCAGAAAAAAAUCGGUCCUUUCCUUACCAAUCAAGAAAAAGAGAAGAUUGAUAAGUGCAAAAAGCAGAUCCAAGGGGCAGAAACAGAAUUCAACUCACUGGUAAAGUUGAGCCAUCCCAAUGUAGUACGCUGCUUCGCAAUGAAUCUCCGAGAGCAAGACGACUCCAUCGUGGUGCACAUUUUGGUGGAGCACUUCAAUGGGGUCUCCCUUGCUGCACACCUGAGCCACACAGGCCCCAUCCCUGUGCCUCUGCUUCGCAAGUACGCAGCUCAGCUCUUGUCGGGCCUCGAUUAUUUGCACAGCAAUUCCGUGGUGCACAAGGUUCUGGGUACCUCGAGUGUCUUGGUGGACGCAGAGGGCACUAUCAAGAUUACAGACUACAGCAUUUCUAAGCGCCUCGCAGACAUUUGCAAGGAGGAUGUGUUUGAGCAAACUCGGGUUCGUUUUAGUGACAGUGCUCUGCCUUAUAGAACGGGGAAGAAAGGGGAUGUUUGGCACCUUGGCCUUUUGCUGCUCUCUCUCAGCCAAGGACAAGAAUGUGGAGAGUACCCUGUGACCAUCCCUCGUGACUUACCUGCUGACUUUCAGGAUUUUCUAAAGAAAUGUGUUUGCCUGGAUGACAAGGAAAGAUGGAGUCCUCAGCAGCUGUUGAAACACAGCUUUAUAAAUCCUCAGCCAAAAAAGUCUUUACUGGAACAAAGUCCUGAAGAUUUUGGAAGACAAGAUUACAUUGAGACUGUUAUUCCUAGCACCCAGCUACCUGGUGCUGCAUUCUUCAGUGAGACACAGAGGCAGUUUUCCCGCUAUUUCAAUGAGUUUGAAGAAUUACAGCUUCUCGGCAAAGGAGCUUUUGGAGCUGUCAUCAAGGUGCAGAACAAGCUGGACGGCUGCUGCUACGCGGUGAAGCGCAUCCCCAUCAACCCGGCCAGCAGGCACUUCCGCAGGAUCAAGGGCGAGGUGACGCUGCUGUCGCGCCUGCACCAUGAGAACAUCGUGCGCUACUACAACGCCUGGAUCGAGAAGCACGAGCGGCUGGUGGGCCCGGGCACUUCGCCCGAGGACACUUCGGCGGAGCGCUCAGCCGCAGGCCAGGGCUCCAGCAGCGACGAGGACGACGAGGACGAGCAUGACGGUGUCUUCUCACAGUCCUUCCUACCUGCUUCAGAUUCUGAAAGUGAUAUCAUCUUUGACAAUGAAGAUGAGAACAGUAAAAGCCAGAAUCAGGAUGAAGACUGCAAUGGGAAGAACAGUUGCCAUGAGAGUGAAUUAUCAGUGACCACAGAAGCUGUGCACUACCUCUAUAUCCAGAUGGAAUACUGUGAAAAGAGCACCUUACGUGACACCAUCGACCAGGGACUGUAUCAAGACACCAACAGACUCUGGAGGCUUUUCCGGGAGAUUCUGGAUGGACUGGCUUAUAUCCAUGAGAAAGGAAUGAUCCACCGGGAUUUGAAGCCUGUCAACAUUUUUUUGGAUUCUGAUGACCACGUAAAAAUAGGUGAUUUUGGUUUGGCGACAGACCAUCUACCCUUUGCUGCUGACGGCAAACAAGAUGAUGCAGCCGGAGAUCACUUAAUUAAAUCAGACCCUUCAGGCCAUUUGACUGGGAUGGUUGGCACUGCGCUGUAUGUAAGCCCAGAAGUCCAAGGAAGCACCAAAUCUGCAUACAACCAGAAAGUGGAUCUCUUCAGCCUGGGAAUCAUCUUCUUUGAGAUGUCCUAUUACCCCAUGGUCACGGCCUCAGAAAGAAUCUUUGUUCUCAACCAACUCAGAGAUCCCACUUCGCCCAAGUUUCCAGAAGACUUCGAUGAUGAAGAGCAUACAAAGCAGAAAUCUGUCAUCUCCUGGCUAUUGAACCACGAUCCAGCAAAGCGGCCUACAGCCACAGAACUGCUCAAGAGUGAGCUGCUGCCCCCACCGCAGAUGGAGGAGUCUGAGCUGCACGAGGUGCUGCACCACACCCUGGCCAACGUGGAUGGGAAGGCCUAUCGCACCAUGAUGGCCCAGAUCUUCUCCCAGCGCAUCCCCCCUGCCAUUGACUACACCUAUGACAGCGACAUACUGAAGGGCAACUUUUCGAUCUGUAUAGCCAAGAUGCAGCAGCAUGUGUGUGAGACCAUCAUCCGCAUCUUUAAAAGACACGGAGCUGUCCAGUUGUGUACCCCACUACUACUUCCCCGAAAUAGGCAAAUAUACGAGCACAACGAAGCUGCCUUAUUCAUGGACCACAGCGGGAUGCUGGUGAUGCUUCCUUUCGACCUGCGGGUUCCUUUUGCAAGAUACGUGGCAAGAAAUAAUAUAUUGAAUUUAAAACGAUACUGCAUAGAACGUGUGUUCAGACCUCGCAAAUUAGACCGAUUUCAUCCCAAAGAACUUCUGGAAUGUGCGUUUGAUAUCGUCACCUCCACCACCAACAGCUCCCUGCCCACUGCUGAAGUCAUCUACACUAUCUAUGAAAUCAUCCAGGAGUUCCCAGCCCUGCAGGAAAGAAAUUACAGUAUUUACUUGAACCAUACCAUGUUAUUGAAAGCAAUACUCUUACACUGUGGGAUCCCAGAAGAUAAACUCAGUCAAGUCUACAUUAUUCUGUAUGAUGCCGUGACAGAAAAGCUGACGAGGAGAGAAGUGGAAGCUAAAUUUUGUAAUCUGUCUUUGUCUCCUAAUAGUCUGUGUCGACUCUACAAAUUUAUUGAGCAGAAGGGAGAUUUGCAAGAUCUAACACCAACAAUAAAUUCAUUAAUAAAACAGAAAACAGGCGUUGCCCAACUGGUGAAGUAUGGCAUAAAAGAUCUAGAGGAGGUUGUUGGGCUGUUGAAGAAACUUGGCAUAAAGUUACAGGUCUUGAUCAAUUUGGGCUUGGUUUACAAGGUGCAGCAGCACAGCGGGAUCAUCUUCCAGUUUGUGGCGUUCAUCAAACGGAGGCAAAGGGCUGUCUCUGAAAUCCUUGCAGCUGGUGGCAGAUACGACCUGCUGAUUCCUCAGUUUAGAGGACCACAGGCUCUGGGGCCAGUUCCCACUGCCAUUGGGGUCAGCAUAGCAAUAGACAAGAUAUCUGCUGCUGUCCUCAACAUGGAAGAACCUGUUUCAGUAAGCUCCUGUGACCUCCUGGUCGUAAGUGUUGGCCAGAUGUCCAUGUCCAGGGCCAUCAACAUAACCCAGAAACUCUGGACGGCGGGAAUCACAGCAGAAAUCAUGUAUGACUGGUCACAGUCCCAAGAGGAACUACAGGAGUACUGCCGACAUCAUGAAAUCACCUAUGUGGCCCUUGUGUCAGAUAAAGAAGGAAGCCAUGUCAAGGUUAAGUCUUUUGAGAAGGAAAGGCAAACAGAGAAACGUGUGCUGGAGUCUGAUCUUGUGGACCAUGUUAUGCAGAAGCUGAGGACUAAAGUCAGUGAUGAAAGGACUAUCAGAGAAGCUUCUGAUAAUCUCGCAGUACAAAAUCUGAAGGGGUCAUUUUCUAAUGCUUCAGGUCUGUUUGAAAUCCAUGGAGCAGCCGUUGUCCCCAUUGUGACUGUGAUAGCCCCGGAGAAGCUGUCAGCCAGUACUAAGCGGCGAUAUGAGACUCAGGUACAAACCCGACUUCAGACCUCCCUUGCCAACUUACAUCAGAAAAGCAGUGAAAUUGAAAUUUUGGCUGUGGAUCUACCCAAAGAAACAAUCUUACAGUGUUUAUCAUUAGAGUGGGAUGCUGAUGAACAGGCAUUUAACACAACUGUGAAGCAGCUGCUGUCACGCCUGCCAAAGCAAAGAUACCUGAAAGUAGUCUGUGAUGAAAUUUAUAACAUCAAAGUAGGAAAAAAGGUGUCCGUGCUAUUCCUGUAUAGCUACAGAGAUGACUACUACAGAAUCUUAUUUUAAUCCUAGAGAACAGUCAUUACACUGUUCAGACAGGAACUGUAAAAUGUUGUACAUUCAUUGUAAUUUUAAAUUAACUUUACAUUCUAAGAAGCUGUCACUCAAAAUGGAGCUUUAUAAGUUUUUCAUUUGUAAUAUAUAUAUAUAUAUAAAUUUAUCUUUUGCAAUAUAAUAAAUGUUUUCAUAUAUUUCCUUUUUAAUUGCAAAUCUAUUGACAUGAAAGGUUUUGUGGAGCUAGAAGAGAGGAAAACAGCCUUGUUCUUCCCUUAGCUUUAGUGACUAACUCAUGAAAAUGUCCAAACUGAAGGGCAUAAAGAAGUCAAAUAUCAUCAACUUGUAAUCUUUAGUCUUAAUUUUGUAAUAUGCUUAUCCUAAGGUGAUUAAGCAAACUAAUUUGACUAUGAGAAUUCAUUCAAAUUUGCUAAAGGAACUAUGAUAAAAUUAUAUAGCCUGGCCAUGGCUGGUGUUGCAUAAUGGUUAGCAUCCACCUAUGCACCAAAGGAUCUUGGGUUUCAUACCCAGUCAAGAACAUAUGCCCAGGUUGUGAGCUCCAUCCCUGGUAGGGGGCAUGCAGGAGGCAGUCAAUCCAUGU